UCCUAGCAAUGGCUCGCGCUACCGGACCUGAGCGGCGGCUGCUGGCCAUCUACACUGGCGGCACCAUCGGCAUGAGGAGCGAGGGUGGGGUGCUGGUUCCUGGGAGAGGCCUGGCUGCUGUCCUGAGGGCACUUCACAUGUUCCACGAUGAGGAGUACGCCCAGGCCCACCGCCUGCCCGAGGACACGCUGGUGCUGCCCCCGGCCAGUCCUGACCAGAGGAUCCUCUACACGGUGCUGGAGUGCCAGCCACUCUUCGACUCCAGUGACAUGACCAUCACUGAGUGGGUUCAGAUUGCCCAGACCAUAGAGAGACACUACACACAGUACCAGGGCUUUGUGGUCAUCCAUGGCACGGACACCAUGGCCUUUGCCGCCUCGGUGCUGUCCUUCAUGCUGGAGAACCUGCAGAAGCCUGUGAUCCUCACCGGGGCCCAGGUACCCAUCCAUGCCCUGUGGAACGAUGGCCGUGAAAACCUGCUGGGGGCCCUGCUCAUGGCUGGCCAGUACAUCAUUCCUGAGGUCUGCCUAUUCUUCCAGAAUCAGCUCUAUCGGGGCAAUCGGACAACCAAGGUGGACGCGCGGAGGUUUGCGGCCUUCUGCUCCCCCAACCUGCCCCCUCUGGCCACUGUGGGUGCAGAUGUCACAAUCAACCGUGAGCUGGUACGGAAGGCCAGCCAGAAGGACCGUCUUGUGGUGCACAGCAAUAUGGAGCGUGACGUGGGCCUGCUGCGCCUUUACCCUGGGAUCCCUGCCUCACUGGUGCGGACCUUUCUGCAGCCCCCACUGAAAGGGGUGGUCAUGGAGACCUUCGGCUCUGGGAAUGGGCCCACCAAGCCAGACCUGCUGCAGGAACUGCGGGUGGCAUCUGAACAAGGCCUGAUCAUUGUCAACUGUACCCAUUGCCUUCAGGGGGCUGUGACUUCGGACUAUGCGUCUGGCAUGGCCAUGGCAGGAGCUGGCAUUGUUUCAGGCUUUGACAUGACGUCAGAGGCUGCCCUGGCCAAACUGUCCUAUGUGCUAGGCCAGCUGGGGCUGAGCCUGGAUGACCGGAAGAAGCUGCUGGUCAAGAACCUUCGUGGGGAGAUGACAUUGCCUGAGACAGAUGAGCACCAGUCCUUGCUGCAAGAUGGCGUGUUGGGCCACCAGAUAGCAUGGCUUCUCAGUCUGAAUGGCAGCCAGGAGGCUGAUGCCGUGCAGGAUGUCCUGACGUCCAGCCUGGCCCUGGCUGCAGCUCAUGCUGGUGACCUAGACACUCUGCAGGCCUUGGUGGAGCUGGGCAGAGACCUCAACCUGAAGGACUCUAGUGGUCAGACCCCACUGCAUGUGGCUGCACGCAGGGGCCAUGCUGCCGUGGUCACCAUGCUGCUGCAGAAGGGUGUGGAUGUGAAUGCCCACAAUGAAGAUGGCCAUAGCCCGCUGCUGCUGGCCGUGAGGGGCAGGCAUCAGGGCGUCAUUGGGCUGCUGCGGACCGCUGGGGCUUGCCUAUCUCCCCAGGAGCUGGAGGAUGUUGGGACAGAACUGUGCAGGCUGGCAUUCAGGGCGGACAGCGAAGGCCUAAGGGCAUGGUGGCAGGCAGGGGCUGACGUAGGACAGCUGGACUAUGAUGGACGUUGUGCCCUGCAAGUAGCUGAAGCUGCUGGGAAUGCAGACGUGGUGGCCCUGCUACAGAGCUUUACGGACAGGAUCAGUGCCCAGCCCCAGCCCCACUAAGUCCUGGACUGGGCUGAUGUCCCCUCAGUGAGCUCCCAUUGCUCUGCAGCUGGAUCCUGGCACCUGCUAUCCCAGAGCCUGUUCUGAGACAGCCUGAGGAGUGGACAGACACAUUGUCCCGAGUCUUUCCUGGGCUCUGGGAGGAGCACAGUCUGAUGGAGAUACAAGCCACUGGGGCUUCAUGCAGGCAAGGCUCAGCUCAGACCUUUACCCUACCCAGUCUUGGGCUGGGAGACUGGACGACCUCGGCCCCCCAGCUCACAUUUGUUCCCAUCGCAUUAUUUGGCACCUCUGGAGUUUUGAGACUGGCUGGGCUAACCCUCUCUCCCGAGAACGGCUGGACUCCAUACACAGAGCAUCUGGGGUGGAGUAGGGGGAGCUCUGCCUCCAGACACCUCCUCAGCAGACCUUGCUUCCUAGAAGUCCUCCUUGGUUCUCAACCGGCCAUCCUGCUGCAGUAUGGGGUCUUCCUUACUGCCCAAGGGACCUGGGCACAUACCAGCUGCAUCUGCUAAACUGCUUCCCAGCCUGUUGGCAUGACACAAUCUGGAGGUCUUUGAGGAGCAGAGUGUCAAUAAAGUUGUGGGGAUGGCUGCUGCGUG